GGGGAUACCAACAUAACCAGUCAAAGCACCUGCUGCCGGAAGUAGAAGUCAGUGUACUCAACAAGCAAAAUGGGUGGUCUCUUCGAUAUGGAUUUCUUGGACGAUGUCCGACGCAUGAAUAAGAGACAGCUCUACUACCAGAUUCUAAAUUUUGGAAUGAUAGUUUCCUCGGCUCUGAUGAUCUGGAAAGGUUUGAUGGUUGUGACGGGCAGUGAAAGCCCCAUUGUUGUCGUUCUCAGUGGAAGUAUGGAGCCAGCGUUCCACCGAGGCGACCUUCUGUUCCUCACCAACUACAAGGAGGAACCAAUCCGUGUUGGGGAGAUCGUGGUGUUCAAGGUGGAGGGCCGAGACAUCCCCAUCGCAUUACACAGAGUCCUCAAAGUGCACGAGAGGGACGACGGUACAGUCAAGUUCUUGACCAAGGGAGACAACAACUCAGUAGAUGACCGAGGCCUGUAUGCUCCUGGUCAGCUGUGGCUGGAGAAGAAGGACGUGGUCGGUCGAGCAAGAGGAUUCGUGCCUUAUGUUGGCAUUGUGACGAUAUUGAUGAACGAUUAUCCAAAAUUUAAGUAUGCUAUUUUAGCAUGUCUCGGGAUCUUCGUGUUGAUACAUCGAGAAUGAUCAUGUGACCUCAUCAGCCAAUCACCAGUUAUUUCAUUUCAUUGAGGCGAGAGCGGAUGUAACUUUUCGAUGUUAAACAGACUGAAAUGCAUCUACAUGACAGGUCAUUAACUGCUUGGAUUGGAAAAUCUCAUGUCUAAUCAAAUAUUGGUAAUCAUGAAUUGCUUGAUUUAUACACAUCAUGAAUAAAGGCCUUUUUGUAA